GACUCGGCAGCUAUGUCGUUCGGGAAUCUACCAUCCGAGGUACAAUCUCAGAUCAUUGGGCUAGUUGCAGACAACUCAUCAUGGAGAGAAGGAUUACGUCUUCGAGGUGUUAGCCGUCUGUUCGAUCGCGAAAUCCAGGCACAAUACUUUGAUUUCGGCAAAAUCCACACCAGCAUGGACGAAGAUAAAGAUCAACUGACGCUGAAAAUGGGGCCCCAGCACUUAUAUCGAUUACUUAAAGGACAGAUAUGCGCCCGACGGCCGAGAACGGCCUUGAUUACACAACUAAAAGGUGCGGUGAAAAUCCUGUUGUCAACCCCCACUUUCUAUGUGCCCGACGAUUCCGAAGCAAGAAAGGUCGACACGGUCAAUGGCACAAUACGACUCGAGCCGGGAGAUCGCACGUCUUAUGCUACAAACAUGGUCGCCCUGGGAGUUCUCCAUUUCCUGACCGGAGGAAGAGCUCCCUUGUGUGAACAGAUAGCUCGCAUGACCAGAAGUCCACUUCAGAUCGACUCUCUUUCCUGGGCCCUCGUGACUGCGAUUUCCAUGAAAGACACUUCCACCAUCGAAGCUCUUGUACAGAAAGAGCCUCAACUGAGCGUUCGGAAGCAUGUCCUUGCCGAUCCCCUACGCUUUGCAGUGACCAGCCAGUGGUACACUAUGGUCCGAUACCUCCUACAGCACGGCGCGGACGUGAAUACGCCACAUAAUCAUUCGCAUUGUUCCCCAAAAUGCGAGCGGAUGCUUAUUGAGCUCCCGAGUUACUCAGGAGAUGUCAGAAUGGUCGCGCUACUGCUAGAACCCCAAUACAGCCUUAAACUCGACGGAGCAGAUUGCGAUAGAUAUUUGUGGUCGACCAUACGGAAGCUUGCUGCGAGCCACACUGACGGAACUAGUCCUAGUGCUAGUACCUAUAUCGACAUCGUGCGCUUGUUUUUACAGACAAUACACCCAAACAACCAAGCUUCUGUUCAGCACCUCGUCGUGCAUCUCGCUGUUGUAUAUGACGUACCGGAACUGAUUCCGGUGGUUGUUGAGAUGGGCUUUGAUGUGAAUGAGACAGAGGCUGGUCGGACGCACCUAGUCUUUGCUGUAAGCCGUGGUCAAAACAAGGUGGUCAAUGUUCUCCUCGACCAUGGCGCGCGGCACGGCCCUCAGAGUGCCUUUGACGCUGUAAAAGCAGCCUGCAUAAAUGGAAGGGCAAGUUCCCUUCGCAUCUUGCUCAAUCGAGUGACUACUAUUGACGAAUAUGGUCAUGCAUUGGCAGCUGGUCAUUUCCUACUCGCUGCCAAGGCAAGCUGGAGCGACCCCGAGACGAUGUCGCAUUAUAUUGAGGUAUUGGAUUGUCUCUCUGAACAUGGAUUGGAUCUCAAUUCAGCCAACUGUGGUGUCAAGGCUCUAACAUUUGCCCUUGAACACAAGCACAACGUGCUUAUGACGAAUCUUCUCGAGAAGGGGAUUUCGCUCCCCGAUGCAGAGUUAGCACUGGCACAGAGAGUCAGGCAACCUUUGCCGGACUUCAAUUUAGGAGAACACUACUUUUAGCGGUAUCAAGAACAUUCUCUCAAGAGGACGGCAUCUGCACACGUGAGCUUCCGCGUCAGUGCUUCCCCAGGGUGAGCUGGGUGAGCUGAAGAUGACUCGGAGUCAAGUGGGGACGCUCCUGUGAGGCAACGGUGUGUGAAGAGUGCGAUUGGGGUGAGCGAAAGGAUGAGAGAGGCUCGCCGCAGUGGGCAAUUGUCAAUAACUUGAAGUUGAAGUAUCUGCGCCAUAAAACUGGUCGAGUUCGAAAUUGGUACAAAGGUGGUGUGCUUUUGGAAGAAACGACUCGUAGCGUGAUGGAAUUUAC